CUCUUUCACUCGUCUCGUCUCGUCUCGCUCGCCCUUUCGUUCGCUCACUCGCAAACGUCGCAAAUCCGGGGUCUCGUAAGAAAUAACCCUCGUUUCGUUUCGCGCGCGUGAAAGAAAGAGAGGAUCUGGUGCGUGUGCUACGUAAAUUUCUCACGCGUUAGAACGCGCGUGUGGGUGCUAUCAUUGCUUUCAUCGAGCCUGUCGCGCUGAUAGACAACGCGCGCAAAGUGCGAAGGUAGAAGGAGAUCGUCAUCGUCAUUGUCGUCGCCAUCGUCGUCGCUGUUACUAUCGUCGUUGCCGUCGUCAUUGCCGUCAUCGUCAUCGUCAUCAUCAGUCACACACGCGCGUGUACGCAUCUAUACCCGCGUGAGGAAGAGCCCCUUCGCGCGUGAUCAGCCAUCAUCGUUCACGGAAGUUAACGGGGAGACCAUUCGUAAGGGAUGUCUACCCCUGCGAGGAGGAGAUUGAUGAGAGACUUCAAGAGAUUACAGGAAGAUCCUCCAACUGGAGUAUCAGGUGCUCCGACAGACAAUAAUAUUAUGAUAUGGAAUGCAGUUAUUUUUGGACCACAUGAUACUCCAUUUGAAGAUGGCACAUUUAAACUUACAAUAGAAUUCACAGAAGAAUAUCCAAACAAACCACCUACAGUGAGAUUUGUUAGUAAAAUGUUCCACCCCAAUGUAUAUGCGGACGGUGGAAUAUGCCUUGACAUACUUCAAAAUCGUUGGAGCCCUACUUAUGACGUCUCGGCCAUCUUAACAUCUAUACAGUCGCUUUUGGACGAACCGAAUCCUAAUUCGCCAGCCAACUCUUUAGCGGCGCAAUUGUAUCAAGAAAAUAAACGGGAGUAUGAGAAGCGAGUGGCUACCGUAGUCGAACAGUCUUGGCUGAAUUUCCAAGAGAGUCACACGGAGGAUCCUCGCUGACAUUAAGCAUCCUGCUUUUCACGACGCGUAAGAGAUCUCUGCCGCCAGCUUCUCUCUCUUUAAUAUAAAACUUGUCCCCGUAUUAUAUACGUAAUGGUAAUUCGGUCGACACAUUCUUCGUCGGAGCUGUAUAUGUAAUAUCCUUCGAUAUUUCAUGAACAUUCCGCGUGUUGAUUCACAGUCUAUAGAACACGAUGAGAGGAAUUCGCACGGCUCUCACUCUGUUGCAAAAACAUAGAAAAAAAAAGAUAGAAAACCGGAAUGAUGUAAAGUUGCACUGUUAACUUAUGUGAUCUUUUUACUUAUAAGUACAAUAUAUAUUAUCUUGCUCUUAUAACUAGACAUUAGGUAUCCCUUGUGCAAAGGAUAAAAAAAUAAUGUCCGUACAAUGUUUCGCCAUACAUUAAUCUUGCAGGCAAAUUGACUUACUAUUUUACAAAUGUAGACGAGCUUGAAGAAAAUACAUUUAUGCUAAAGGAUAUGAAAGUUUAUAAGUCGCUUCUGGAAAGUCUACUUUCACCAUGUAACGGCGCAAAACAUAAGAAAAUAGUGUGAUUAUUUCUCGUUUUCGACUUGGUAUUUAUCAUUAGAAAGUCACGCUUGUAUUAGAUUGUAAAUGAAUGUCAUAUAUUGGAGUAUAGUAUUGAAUUAUAUAAUAAAUUUUGCAAGAAAUUA